UGUGUAUUUACUUAUUAACCAUGGGCUAGUAUAACAAAUGUACAUGUUUUACAACUAUUCUGUUUUAAAUCAGUUAGCGACUCUUGGAAAAGCUUACCUCCCCUUUUGACUUGGCCUCGUCCAUAGUAAUCAGAUAGCUCCAUUCAUAUUACAUACCUUACUACGACUGCGAGUAAACAACGUGGAAGGCGAAUUUGUACCAUGACCAAGAAAAAUGUUUUAGAAGAAGAGGCAAAUGGGGAGCUGACAGUGCCCCUCAAUACAGAUGAAAUAGGGGCAAAUGGAAAAGCACGUGCUAAAUGGGAUAGCAAAUUACAAUAUUUUUUUAUGGUGAUUAGUUAUGCCGUCGGACUUGGAAAUGUUUGGAGAUUUCCGUAUCUUGUACAGCAACAUGGAGGAGGAGCGUUCCUCAUCCCAUACCUUAUCAUGCUGUUCGUUGAGGGCAUGCCACUGCUGUACCUUGAGUUUGCUGCAGGACAACACUUUCGUAUGGGCAGCAUGGGUACCUGGAACAAGGUGCACCCUUUCCUCGGCGGUGUGGGUAUUGCCAGCGCGGUGACCUCCUUCAUGGUGGGCGUGUACUACAACGCCAUUAUCAUGUGGUGCUUCUAUUAUAUAUUCCACUCCUUCCAGAGUCCGUUGCCGUGGGCGACCUGCCCCACGGUGCUUAAAGAGGGCACCAAUAUAUCCAUCCCUGUUGAAGAGUGUGACAUCUCAGGACCUACCUCAUAUUUCUGGUACAGAAAUGCUCUUGAUAUUUCUGAUAGUAUUGAGGAGUCUGAUGGAAUUAAAUGGAAAAUGAUGCUCUGCCUGAUUUUUGCCUGGCUUAUCAUUUAUGCCUGUAUAUGGAAAGGCAUCAAGUCUUCUGGCAAGGUUGUAUAUGUGACAGCCACAUUUCCGUACGUUGUCCUUCUCAUCUUCUUUGGGCGUGGAAUCACAUUGAGGGGUGCUACAGAUGGACUUAUACACAUGCUCAGUCCCAAGAUGGAUCGUCUUGCUGACCCUCAGGUUUGGCUGGAUGCGGCUACCCAGAUCUUCUACUCCUUCGGCCUUGGAUUUGGUGGCCUGAUUGCCUUCUCCAGCUACAACCCGCGGAACAACAACUGUGAGCGGGACGCCAUUAUUGUAUCCCUCACCAACUGGUUCACAGCUAUCUUGGCGUCCACCGUUAUCUUCUCGGUGCUUGGGUUUAAGGCUACAACUAUGUACGAGAACUGUGUAGAAAGGAAUAUGGAGAAGCUAAUCGAUAUGUACCCAGAAUGGAACGCGACGACACUAACCAUGGAUGUAUAUAAAAGUCAUUUUGAAAACAAUGAAUCUUUAAUGAAUUCCACACUUGCACAUUUCCGACAUUGUGAUUUCCACGAGGAUCUUGAUAAGGCCGCAGAGGGAACAGGGUUGGCUUUCAUUGUGUUUACACAAGCCAUUAAUGAGUUUGGCCCCUCUGCUCCAUUCUGGUCCAUCAUCUUCUUCCUCAUGCUUUUGUCCCUUGGAAUCGGAAGUGAGUUUGGAACACUCGAGGGAGUAACAACUUGUAUCUAUGAUCUUGAUAGUCAUCCAUGGCUCAGAAAGAAAUGGCUGGUCUCUGGUGUAUUAUGCCUGGUGAGUUGUUUGAUUGGGAUGCUGUUUGUUCUGGGGAGUGGGUCUUACUGGGUUGCCCUGUUUGACUCCUACGCUGGCUCCUUCCCGUUGAUCAGUGUUGCCCUGACGGAGGCAAUCGCCAUUGGCUGGGUUUAUGGUGUCAACAGGUUUGGAGAUGAUCUGGAGACAAUGAUUGGUCACCAGCCCCACAUUUACUGGAAGGUGGUAUGGAAGUUCAUCGCUCCGUUUCUGAUAGCAGGACUCCUCACCUCCACCCUCAUCAGCAAGUUUGUGAAACCCAUCACCUACAAGGCCUACAGCAAGGACAUAGCGGGAAUGGUUGACAGACAUUACCCCUGGUUUGCUGGUCUGAUGGCUGCCUUCCUUGUCCUUGUGUCGGUCCUGUGUAUUCCUGGUGUGGCAAUUUUACGGAAGCUUGGCGUUCUACGAUACAAAGAUUAUGCUAAAGGUGCUCAGGCACAGACUGGUGGCCAUACUACCUCCACUGUGGCAUUCAUGAGGACAGCUGCUGAGGAUAAUGACUCCGGCCAUAAUUCCGAUGAAAUCAAUGAAGAUCACCUUCGAGGAACUAGUUGUGCUGUCAUUGAUGAACAUGUGACGUUUGGAUUAGGGGCAGAUGAAAAUCUGAGCAAUGUUUGAUACUCGAAGGAAAAAAGAAUUAUCUUUUAAUGUAAAUUUGGGAAUUAAGGUUGAAGACUUUUUCAGUACUCUAUUUGCCUUCAACAUCAUAUAACUUCAAUGAAAGAUUCAGUUAUGGUGGCUUCUGGGGUUUUCAUAGGUUGAUUCAGUCAGGACUAGAUCGAUGGAAGCAUUGAUUGGCCUCAAUUGGAAGCAAUAUAGAGCUCAUGUGCAAGAAAACCACAGAAAAAGAACAGAGAACUUGAUAUCAGUAUUAAUGCUGUAGCCUUACAGUGUUAUACAAAUUAGCCUAUAAUUACCACAUUUAAUCUGAUAAGUGAUAGCUUAUAAGGAUCCCUACCCUUUACUAAAAUUACCUACUUAUGUUUGGGGGUGAGUGGGGGUUGUCAUCCUGCCAUGUGUGUGAAUGAGGAAUACUGUCAUCAGAGACUUUUUGAUUUAAAACCCUGAGGCAGUGAAUCUUCUGCCCCCCUCCCCCAAAUCAUUAUAAAUAGCUACCUUCUUAUUGUCCAGCAAUAUUUGAUGUCGUCUAAUUGUGAAAUGUUAUUGUUUUCCUUGUUGCAUCACGAUUACGACUAUGUCAUUGCGGGGAAUUGGUAAUCUUACACCCCCACAGUCUGUAACAUGGGCUAUCUCUGUCCUUCAGGUGUGGGAGAGAAUGGUAGCAAUAGAGAAUGUUUGGACUCAUGUUUUAAAAUGAUUAUUUGGGUGAUUGGGUUUGUAAAGUACAUAAACAGAAAUGCAGUCAGCAUUAGACUCAUUUACAUACUGUUUGAAACAAAACUUUGACUUCAACUUACCAUAGACCUGGAUAAAAUUAUUUAGAAAUUAAUACCAUCUGAAAUAUUGUCAAGGUCAUGAGAAAUAACCAUGAAACAAAAACUUGACAAUAUUAACCAAUUCACCCCUGAAGAAACAUUUGAACUUGUCCAAUUUAAAGGUUGGAAUAGUUCAUUAUGAAAUUUCAGGGGUGAGUCAAUGAGUUAAACCUGAAGCUUUGUAUUCUUAAUAGGAUAUACUGGGAUGAGUAACACUAUGCCGGUUGUUUUAAUUGUGUAUUCAGGUCUGACAAAAUGUAAUUUAACAAUACAACUAGCUAGUAUGACAUGACAUUAGAUUAUCAUUAAUGCUUACUCGGCCUGUAGAUUUUCAGUGUGGACAUACGUUACUUUUGAUACGCUAUCACUGUUCUCAUGAACACAUGUCUGCAAGUCAGAAUUGUCUCAAAUGAAUGCUUCAAAAAACUUGUUAAUACUAAAAAUUAUAUAAAAAAAAAGAUAAUUCAUCUUAGACCAUACACAUUGACUGAAGCAGGUUUUUGGAUUUGUUUGACAAUCAAGUGUCACAGAUUGAUCCUGAUCAAGUGUUUCACUGCCAUGUUGUUUUUCUGUUUGUUGUGAUUUCUUGUUUAUCUGUUUGUUUACUUGUCAAAUUCCAUGUGUAGACUGGAAUGAACAUUUUUUUUACUGAAAUCAGUGCAAAUUAUGAGAUUUAUUUGUUUGAUUUUGUAAAGUGAACACAUUUUACAACAGUAUAGUUUUUAGUCAAUUUUGAUCCAGCUCCAAACAUGUUCAUUGAAUAGUCAAAUUAAUGUUUAUUGUCGUUUUAGUGGGUAUUUCACCACUUAGUAACUAUUGAAUAAUGGGUAAUAUAGAUUACAUACCACUGAUAUCAGUUCAAAUAGGUGUGUCUUAUGGUCGUUUUUAUGUAGCGGAACUGGACUAGGUCAAUCACGGCCAACCAGGUUGCUCUACUAGUUAGAGUGUCCGUUUCGAGUUUGGAGGUCCCGGGUUUGAAUCCUGAUAUGGCCAUGUAUUUUUCCUCUUCUGUUGCAUUUAUGUUUAGUGUUGUAAACAUUACAUAAGUCUCUGAUUUAAACUGUACCUCAGAGAGAUUUAUCAUUCUCUGAUUUAAACUAUACUUGAGAGAGAUUUUAUCAAUCUGUGAUUUAAGCUGUACCUGAUAGAGAUUUUAUCAGGCACUUUUUGAAACUGUACCUAUUAGAGAUUGUAUCAACCACUGAUUUGAAUAUUUUUUGAAAACUAUUUUAUGGGGAUAUUUUAUGCCAAAGAAUCUCGUACAUUGUUGCAGUUUUACUGAUAUUUUAUGAUAGUUUUAUUUUUUAUUUGUCUGACCUCAGUGAACAGAUUUCAACACCUUUAUAAAUCAUUUUGUAAGAACUACUAACCUGAUGAUUAGCUACACAUUAACAGCUUACCUCAAUGGGUCACAUUUACAGUUAGGCAUCACAUAUUUUAAAAUGAUUUGACACACCAAUAUUGCGUUAUCAAUAAGUAUACAAAUCUAUAUAUGAGACACAGAAUCUCAGUCUUGUUUAAAAUUUGCAUAUAGGUUCUAUUUGAAGACUGAGUUAAGUUUGUAUUUUAGCUCUAUAUUUACUGAACACCUUUAUAAAUGUUAAGUAUCAAGUCAGAUCUGUAAAGAACUGGAGGCUAAAUUAUCUCAAUUGCUUGCAUUUUGACCCAAACUGAGAAACUCAUUUGCAUGUUUCAGGCUAUUUUAUUUAAAUAAUAAUCAUGGUCAGUGAAAUGCUUUAUAACUGUCUGUGCUGAUUUAUACAAGAGAGUCUCAUAAGAAUGUGUGAAUGUUGAAAAAAAUGAACGUAAUUUAAUCUUGACAAAUGUGAAUAUAUGAGUACAAUGUACUGUUAAUUUGUUUUCUCUCACAUUUUCAAAGAGAAAAACUGCUGUUUUGUAGAACCUAAUAUAUGGGUAUCAUAAUCUCAGAGAGCACUGACUAUAUGUUUAGUGCUGGCUAUACGGUUAGUGCUGGCUAUAUGCUUAGUGCUGGCUAUAUGUUAAGUGCUGGCUAUAGGGCUAGUGUUGGCUAUAUGUUUAGUGCUGGCUAUAGGGCUAGUGCUGACUAUAUGUUUAGUGCUGACUAUAUGGUUAGUGCUUUCUAUAUGGCUAGUGUUGACUAUAUGGUUAGCACUUAUAUACAUGUAUAUGGUUUUCUGUAAAUCCAUAUGACACUGACUAUAUAACUAGCACUGACUAUUUGUUAGUGCUGGCUAUAUGCUUAGUGCUGGCUAUAUGUUUAGUGCUGGCUAUAUGGUUAGUUCUGACUAUAUGGUUAGUGCUGGCUAUAUAUUUAGUAUACAGUUAAAGUAUGGGUUCGCCUCGGGAAAUAGACCUGGUCUCGGGACACCAGAAACUUGCUAUAUGCCU